AUGCGAUCACCUCGUCCUUCCUCUUGUUCCGAGUCCUCUUCUUCUUCUUCUUCAUCUUCUACUUAUUCACUUGCUCCAACAAGUUUGAACAGCAGACUCUUGACGAUAUUCAAGAAAGCCCAAGAGCUUACUACUCUCUCUGAUAUCGAAGCCUGCGUCAUUCAUUACGGACCUGACGGAGAACUGAGGACAUGGCCUGAGAACAGAGACAUAGUUAGAGACUUGGCUCUCCGCUACAUCCAGUUGGACGAAGCCAAGAGGCGCAAGAAAAACGUCAAUCUUUACGAGUUCCUCAACAAGAAUAAGGAUAAGAAGAAGAUGGCCAACAAUUUCAAGAAGAAGGCGAAGAAGAAUGUUGAAGAAUUAAAGUAUCCAAUCUCUGAUCACUACUCUCCCGACGAAAUCAACCAACUGAUUCACUCCUUGGAACUAAGUUACUCUACGUUGCAAGAACGGCGCCGUUUCCUUGCGGCAAAGAAACAUAACGAAUCUUUGAACCCUAGCCAGUUCACACCGUACCACAAGAGUCUAGGUUGA